GAUUGGUAGCUACAUCCUGUUUCUCCUUAACCAGAACUUUCGCUCCGAGAAGCCAGCACUACAGUCCACAAAACGCACUGUUUCCAUUCACUUGAAAUCUUAUCAAAUGUUCUUCUUACUUUCAUUUCAAAACUUUGACCAUCUCUAGCUUCGCAUUGAUUCUUCUCUUGCAACUUCGACUCCAUUCAAGUCGUGGAGAUAGCAUUAGGAGUUUGAGGAAUUUGGUUCUGAUUCAUCGUUGAAGUUACCAUGGAAGAGGAAGAUGCAUUGGAGCUUCUACAAAGAUUCCGUCGUGACAGGCAUAUACUUCUGGAUUUCAUACUUUCUGGUAGCUUAAUUAAGAAAGUUAUAAUGCCUCCAGGAGCUGUUACACUAGAUGAUGUGGAUUUGGAUCAAGUCAGUGUUGAUUAUGUUCUUGGUUGUGCUAAAAAGGGUGGAAUGCUUGAACUCUCUGAGGCUAUUAGAGAUUUUCAUGACCACACUGGAUUACCCCAAAUGAACAAUGGCGAAUCUGCCGAUGAGUUCUUUUUGGUCACAAAUCCUGAAUCUUCAGGUUCACCUCCGAAAAGGGCACCACCUCCUGUACCUAUUUCUACACUACCUUCUAUUCCCAUUUCAACUCCACCUCCGAUUUUUGCAUCAUCACCUGAUGUGUCAGCUGUAUCAAGGUCAGAGUCGUUUAACUCCACUCAAGAAAAAGAGCUAACCGUUGAUGACAUUGAAGAUUUUGAGGACGAUGAUGACAUUGAGGAAGUUAAUAGUCUUCGGGUUUCAAGACGACGUCCGAAUGAUGCUGCUGAUCUUGUGUUGAAACUACCCUCUUUUGCUACAGGUAUUACUGAUGAUGACCUCCGUGAAACUGCAUAUGAAGUCCUUUUGGCAUGUGCUGGGGCUGCAGGAGGCCUUAUUGUACCAUCCAAGGAAAAAAGGAAAGACAAAAAGUCUAGGUUGAUGAGGAAGCUUGGACGUAGUAAAAAUGAAAGUAUUGUGAACCAGUCCCAACGUGCACCUGGAUUAGUUGCUCUGUUGGAGACCAUGCGUGUCCAAAUGGAGAUUUCUGAAGGAAUGGACAUAAGGACUAGACAAGGGCUACUUAAUGCUCUUGCUGGAAAAGUUGGAAAAAGAAUGGAUACAUUGUUGAUUCCUCUAGAAUUGCUAUGCUGUAUUUCACGCACAGAAUUUUCUGACAAAAAAACAUAUAUACGGUGGCAAAAAAGGCAGUUGAACAUGUUGGAGGAAGGGCUUAUUAAUCACCCUGCAGUUGGUUUUGGGGAAUCAGGGCGCAAAGCGAGUGAGUUGAGUAUUCUUCUGGCAAAGAUUGAAGAAUCAGAGUCUCUGCCAUCCUCUACAGGUGAACUCCAGCGCACAGAAUGCCUGAGAUCUCUCAGAGAGAUUGCCAUUCCAUUUGCUGAGAGGCCAGCUCGAGGUGACUUAACUGGUGAAGUAUGCCACUGGGCAGAUGGUUAUCAUUUAAAUGUUAGAAUUUAUGAGAAACUCCUUCUCAGCGUCUUUGACAUUUUAGAUGAGGGGAAACUGACAGAGGAAGUGGAAGAAAUUCUUGAGCUCUUAAAGUCAACAUGGCGUGUUUUGGGGAUCACAGAGACAAUGCAUUACACAUGCUACGCAUGGGUGUUAUUUCGACAGUAUGCUAGCACAAGUGAGCAAGGAAUGUUACAACAUGCCAUUGACCAAUUGAAGAAAAUACCACUAAAAGAACAAAGGGGCCCACAAGAGAGGUUACACUUGAAAAGUUUGCAUUCUAAAGUUGAAGGUCAAGAGGGUUCUCGGAAUUUGACUUUCUUACAGUCUUUCUUAUUGCCUAUUCAAAAAUGGGCAGAAAAACAGCUAGGAGACUAUCAUGUUCACUUUGCCGAGGGGCUACUGAUGAUGGAGAAUGUAGUAUCAGUUGCAAUGCUUUCUCGGAGGCUUUUGUUGGAAGAACCUGAAGCGGCAAUGCAAUCUAUAUCUGUCACAGAUCGUGAUCAAAUAGAACUGUAUAUAUCAUCGUCCAUUAAGAAUUCAUUUGCAAGGGUUCUGCAGGCUGUUGAUAAAUCAGACACAAGACAUGAACAUCCUUUGGCAUUGCUUGCGGUAGAGACUACAAAACUUCUGAGGAAAGAUUCAACCAUGUUCAUGCCAAUUCUUUCUAAGAGGCAUCCACAGGCAACCAUUGUUUCUGCUUCGCUUCUUCACAAGCUUUAUGGGCACAAGUUGAAACCUUUUCUCGAUGGUGCUGAACAUUUAACUGAGGAUGUUGCAUCUGUAUUUCCGGCUGCCGAUAGCCUUGAGCAAUAUAUAAUAUCACUUAUCACAUCGGCAUGUGGAGAAGAGACUGCAGCUGUCUACUGUAGAAAAUUAGUUCCAUACCAGAUUGAGUCUAUAUCUGGGACAUUAGUAAUGCGGUGGCUUAAUUCGCAGCUUGGAAGAAUUUUAGGUUGGGUGGAGCGAGCUACUCUACAAGAGCGGUGGGACCCGAUCUCGCCCCAACAGAGGCAUGGGAGUUCAAUUGUUGAAGUUUAUAGGAUUGUAGAGGAGACGGUUGAUCAAUUUUUUGCUUUUCAAGUUCCAAUGAGGUCUUCAGAAUUGAAUGCUCUGUUUCGUGGCAUCGACAACACAUUUCAAGUCUAUUCAAAUCAUGUUAUUGACAAGUUGGGUAGCAAAGAGGAUUUAGUUCCACCUGAGCCUGUCCUCACACGAUACAAGAAGGAAGCCGGAAUAAAAGCUUUUGUGAAGAAGGAACUAUUUGACCCUAGGAUGUCUGAUGAAAGAAGGUCGAGUGAAAUUAAUGUCUUGACGACGCCAACUCUUUGUGUUCAGUUAAAUACUCUACAUUAUGCAAUUAGUCAACUAAAUAAGUUGGAAGAUAGCAUUUUGGAGCACUGGGCAAGGAAAAAACCUCGAGACCAAUUUGUCCCGAAAUCUGUGGAUGAGAAAUCCAAAGUCACACAGAAAGAUACAUUUGAUGGGAGUAGAAAAGAGAUAAAUGCUGCUAUCGACCGCAUUUGCGAGUUUACUGGUACUAAAAUUAUUUUUUGGGAUUUGAGGGAGCCAUUUAUUGACCACUUGUAUAAACCAAGUGUUUCCAGAUCUAGGUUGGAAGCAAUAAUUGAACCACUUGAUAUGGAACUAAAUCAAUUAUGUGAUGUUAUUGUGGAGGCACUUCGGGAUCGCAUCGUAACUAGUCUACUUCAGGCAUCACUGGAUGGUUUAUUACGUGUCCUACUAAAUGGAGGUCCAUCACGAGUUUUCUUCCCUAGUGAAGCAAAACAGUUGGAAGAAGAUUUAGAAAUUUUAAAGGAAUUCUUUAUUUCUGGGGGAGAUGGGCUUCCUCGAGGAGUGGUAGAAAAUCAAGUAGCACGUGCUCGGAGUGUAGUAAAGUUGCAUGGCUAUGAGACACGGGAGCUGAUAGAGGAAUGUAGAUCUGGAAGUGGUGCGGAUUUGCAGGGUAGUAGUGCCAGAGGCAGAUUAGGAGCUGAUACCGACACUUUAAUAAGAAUUUUAUGUCACAGGAGUGAUUCAGAGGCCUCUCAAUUUCUGAAGAAACAGUACAAGAUACCCAAGUCUACGGCCUAAAGAAUUCAUGAAUUCUUAAAAUUCAGUUACGGCGUAAAUUAAUGUUACAUGUUCAUUUGUACUUUUUAGUACCCGUUUUGUACAUUAUAAUUUUAUUGUUUUGAGAAUGUGAUUAUACAUAUUGUUUUUCUUUUUAUUAUAUGCAUUAAUUUCUUUUA